AUGAGCACCAUUCAACAGGCGUACCAGGACGCCAAGAAGGAAUACACCACUUCAGAUUUACCGUCGGCAACUAGUUUGAAAGACUUGGCUAUUGCACCAUUUGACACAAAGACACCUAUUGAAAGUAUUUGCUACAAGAAUUGGAAAAGUUUUAUUGGUGACAGAGUAGAUGACCAUUUCAAUAUGAUGGUGCUAAUGGAACUAGUGGCCCGAGUAUAUCAUAUAAGUGUCAGUCUGCUUUAG